CCACACGGAACUGUUUUGGUGCAUAACGUGAGCAAAUCGUGCACCGCGCUGUCAAGAUGUCCGUCCUGACAAAACACGUCCUUACAGCGUUUUGCUCCGGUCUGUGUUUUCAGUGCGUUUCUCUGUAGCCUUUCUAAUGUGAACAGACCGGGCUCUCCAGCGAGACGAUGAGUUUCCUGCGUAACCGUGCGGUGGUGCUCGGCCUGGUGCUGCUCUUCACCGUGCUGCUGUACCUGCUGCUGCCGUCCUCCAUCAGACAGAGCAACACAGAGCCGUCUUUGGCUGUGCAGAGGUCACAGAGGCUCAUCUCAGCUUCUCCGUUACCCAUCAACAUCACUGUUCGCACGGGACAGAUCCCCAGCGACCCGCCGCUCUUCUUCAGAGAGGCCCUGCCUGUGGACUUGUCCGGGAGACAGGUCCUACCCAGGCUGCAGGUGGUGCUGCUGCACGGUCAGGCCUUCACCUCCAGGACGUGGGAGGAGCUGGGCACGCUCAGUCUGCUCGCCGCUAACCGAUACCAGGCGCUGGCUCUGGACCUGCCAGGUUUUGGGAAGUCUCCAGCGUCAGAGUCGGUGAAGUCUGAGCAGAGUCGUGUGGAUCUGUUGAAGCAUUUCCUCGAGGCUCUGGGAGUUCGUGCUCCGGUUCUCAUCACUCCAUCUAUGAGUGGUCACUACGCUCUGCCCUUCCUGCAGAGGUUCAGUGAUCAGCUGCGAGCCUUCAUCCCCAUCGCACCUGUCGCCACCCGAACACUCACUCCACAGCAGUACCACGACAUCCAGACUCCGACUCUGAUUGUGGUUGGAGAGUUGGACACUAAUCUGGGCUCUCAGUCUCUGAAGAACCUGCAGCAUCUCCCUCAUCACUCGGUGGUUAAGCUUGCAGGAGCACGACACGCCUGUUACAUGGACAAACCGCGAGAGUUCCACCAGGCGCUGCUCCACUUCCUCAACACACUCGAAUAACACAAUGGGUGUGGGCGUGGGGGGGGGCAUUAUAACAACAAUUACGGUCCUUUAAAACAUUGAGUUUAUCUGAAAUUUAAAACAGACGCAUCACCUCAAGUGUAGUGCCAUUUAAAAAAAUAGUGUGAUGAUUUUGCUCCUGUGUGUGUGAGACGAGCUGUGAAAGAGACAGAUGGGAGGAGGUGAAGAAGAGAACGUAAUGUGAAAAGAUGGCCAUUUCACCUCAAAGAUUUCAGUACAACUUUUAUUCUGAACGCACAGCUUGUUCAUGACGUAGUGCUGUAGUCGGAAUGACUCUUUUUCCUUUGGUAUUACUUCGCCCCCGUAGACCAUGCCCCUUUUAAAGGCCACGCCCCCUCCUGUCCCAUCAAAAUUGUAGUGAAAUCUGAAAUGCAGAUGAUAAAAUGUGUGAACAGACUGUCGCUGCUGCUUUAUCUGAAUUUGCUUUUUGUUUUUUAAUGCUUUUUUUUUUUUUUUUUUUUGCUUAAGGAUUAAUAAAAAUUUUGGGUGUGUUUUUACAGAAUUUAGGGACCUGACAUUUUCAACAGAUUGAAUACUUUGGAGAGAAAACCAGGGAUCGUUAAUUUAAACAAGUCUUCAUCUUGUUUGAGGUCGAUGAGGUGAUCUUCUCCCACGCACUCCGUUCAGUCUGUGAUGUUUUUUUUAACAUUUCUCGAAUGAAACCUGUGGUGAGUGUUUUGAGCCGCUUGCUUCAGGACGCACCACCACCUUCUGGAACUCUUGACAAUCUGAACCUGUCAAUCAGGGCUUGGUUCUGGUCCCCGGUGCAGCUUUACAAUGCUUUGUGUGCAUGUGAAAAUCCUUCAUAUGAUGUUCCUUUAACUCUCUCUUUGUUUAAAUGGGUGGUCUCCCUUGUAGGCCUGCUUAAACGUCUCUAAAGUUUUCCGUUAAAUGCACUUUACGGUAAAGCAGUGCAGUUCCACUCUGUGUAUUAAGUUGUGACGUGGUUAUUUAUUUCCUCCAAGCAUUUUAAUUUGAGUAUGUGUGUACAGUCUGUGUGUACAGUCCAUCAGAUGUGGGUUGUUGCUUGUAAAUAGAAAAGAGCUGAACAUUAUUAAAACACUAAAUUAAAUCAAAUAAAAGUAGCCUUAUCGGCAUGACUGUGCCACGA